AUGUCUAGUACCCCGCUUGAGUCAGACGGCCUCUUCCAGGUUCACCCUGCCCAAAGCCGGCGAAGAGAGUUUAGCCUAGAUAUUGUCUUCGUCCACGGCCUAGGUGGAAACUCCUAUACAACCUGGACAAAGGGUACGAUUCACUGGCCUAGGGACCUCCUCCCUUCGCUCGAGUGCUUCGAGAACGCCCGAAUUCUCACUUUCGGGUAUAAUACGAGCGGCUUCUUCACCAAGAACGCAGAUAUGGAGAAAGCCCGCACAUUCACCUGCGCGGAAAUCCUCGUUAGUGAACUCAAAAACAUCCGUCGCAGGGGUGCCCAGGAUCGCCCCAUAAUUUUCGUGGGACAUUCCCUUGGGGGGCUCGUUAUAAAGUCGGCGCUUAGACAUGCUAUUCUUCGGCGCGGACUCUACGGCGAUAUUGUGGAUUCCACGAGGGCGAUCAUUUUUUUCAGUACCCCGCAUCAGGGAACGAGCCAAGAAGCAUGGAAGGCCUUCUUUGCGCGUCUGGGACAGUCCAAAAUUGAAGAAUCUAAUGUUAUCUCUGAACUAGAGGUCUGGUCCGAUAUGCUGGCGGAACUGACGACGGAGUUUGCGGACCUGGCAACGCAAAUCAAUAUUACUUCGUUCUAUGAGAGGCGUUUGACAGAAGGAGUCAUGAUUGUGCCCGAGGCUGUCGCAAAAAUGGGCCAGAGGAAUGAACAAUCCCGUGCCCUCGAUGCAGACCAUCUGGAUAUCUGCAAGUUUACCGAAACGGAUGCCACCUGGCGUACUGUCAGUAAUCACUUGGAUGCCAUCGUCGCAGAUAUCGAGGGCCUCGCCGAACUGCAGACCUUGCCGCCUCUUGCCACUCAAGUGGCCAACGACACCAGCCUGGAGCAAAGGUUUGAGAGAUUGGACCGGUGUAGGUGAUCCUAUGGUUCAUUGUGCGCUGCGCCGAGGAGAUAUCCGUUUCUUCGUUCUUUUUUUUUUGGGUUCCCCGGGGCAGAGAAAAAUGCUAGUAUCGUGUUAUCACAACCAACCUUGAAAUCUUACUUUCCUUUUUACUUUUGAUAGGACAGC